AUGGCGACAAGGAAAAAGGCUCAGGACGACGAGAUUCAAGGGCAGGCAUUGUAUCAACAACAACAACAGAUUGACGAGCUGAAAGGCGAGCUAGAUAGAUUGCGUGCUGAGCGAAAAUCGACUACUCAAGAAAACGAAUUGCUUCGCCGGAAAGUUGUCGAAAUGGAGGAGAUCAACAAAAGGUUGCAACAGAGUGCAGCGCGAAACGUAGGUAAUACAGUUGACAAAAAUAGUCCAAUUGCUGAUAAUUUAAAUAAAAGAAAUAAUUUACAAAAUAAUAAUUCUAAAAGUAAAACAAAUCAAAUAAAGCCAAGUGAUGACUCAUCUAGUAAUCAAAGUGAAAACGACAUUCAGAUAAAUAAUAAUGAACCUUUAAGUGGAAUUUUAAAACAUUUACAAGCGUUACAAGUAAAUUUGUCAUUGCCAGUGUUUGAUCCUGAUAAUACAAAUCCGUUUCCACCAAGAAUUGGAGAUAUAUUAUCAACGAUUGAUUAUUCGGAUAGUGAAAGAAUCUCGAAGGCAGUCGCUCGGUUGGAUUUGUCUGGGGGAUGGAACCAGGGACGAAAUAGAGAAAACGUGAAUCCGAAUAGUAGUCAUGGUAAACAUAAUUCGAAUAAUUGGGAAAAUAAGAAUUUAUCGACAGAAAAUAACUCGCAAAAUAAUCGGGGGCGAAAUGAUGAUAGACAAAAGGAUUUUCGUGAAAACUAUCGAAAAACGGUGCCGAAUAAUAAUUGGCGUGCCCGAGAAAAUAGACAAUACGAUGAAAAUAAUGAAAAAACGGGUCGAAUAAAUACAUCGCAAGGUGCAAAUAAUACGGAUCGUGACAAGGUGCAUAGAAGUGCUGCGAAUGUUCGUACAUUACAAAUAACCAAGAAAAAUGAAUUUCUCGAAAUGUUAUGCUGGGACGUAGAACCGGAGGCGGUAAAUGAUCGUAGCGAAAAGGAAAAUCGUGAUAAUAGUCCGCGAAUCGUAGUAAAAAUAAAUAGUGACGAAUAUAAUAUGCUAAUUGACACCGGAAGUGAGUCGAAUUGGACAACUGCCAUAAGACAUGCAGAAGUAAUUUACACUCCGACUGAAGACGACAAGAAGGCAGUUAUAGGACAAAAGGAUUUGCUGCCUGUACCAGACGAAUAG